UACUUGUCACUUUUGGCGCGCUAUCGGCAGCAGCUGCAGAGUUUUUUUUUGUUAUUUGCGAAUUUUUUCAAAAUAAAUUAUAAUGCCGUGUUCAAUGGACAUGCCGAGCCACUCCAACGACUUGGAACACUACAGCCAGAGGGACCCCACCGAGCUAAAGGAGUUCCUCAAGGAUACAGCCGCCUGGCAUGACAUUCCGCUGCUAAACUAUACGCCGCUGCAUAAGCUGAAGGAUCAGACUUUGGUGCGCUUCCGCGGCAUGAUUCAGGACAUGAUGGAUCCGGAAAUCUACUUGGAGCGCUAUGAGGUGAAGGCCUCAGACGGUAGCAAACGUCUGCAGCACGGCAAAUACCACGAUUGCCUAAAGCUGGCCACGGGCGAGGCGAUCGACUACAAUGCCGAGAGCAAUGUGCAUGGCGAGCGGCGUACACUGUUUGUGGUGUCAGUGCCAGGCCUGAAUGAUUGGACCAAGGAACACGAAGGCAAGUGCAGUCCACAGCCAAAGUUGGUCUGCCAAACGCAAUCGCCAAACAAUGCCAAAAAGCGCACCUUGGAUGACCAGGAAGCCAUGGAAGUUGAAGAUGAUAAUGAUACUGCCCUCAAACGGAAGUGUGUGGAGCCAAUCAAGUCGUCAUCGGGCGGCGACUCAGCGACAGCUGCUCCCGCCGUGCUCGGCUCUGAGUAUCUGAUAAAUUCGCCCCUGCCCAGUCGACCCAGCAUGGCGUGCAUGGUGAAGGUGUACGAGGACUUUGAUAGCUACAAACUCAAUUCGCUGGUCGACUUUGUUGGUUUCCUGUCAGUCGAUCCUUCGCUGGAUGCCGCCAGCAUAGAUACGGAGGGUUUUGAUAGCUUAAGCGAGCUGCAGGCCACACAUCCAUCACCCUUUCUCAUACCACGCGUGCACGCCUUUGGAGUUCAGCAGCUGCCGCACGCCAAUCCCCUGCUGGACAAGAGUCUGCAGCAGCCAGCGGACGCUGGUGCCAGCGAAGAUCCAUCACAGAGCAGCGUGCACAAAGAUCUACGAAUGCUCCUGAAGCUCUGCCUGUUUGAUGACGACAUGGCGGCCGAGUAUUUGCUUUGCCAUUUGAUUUCCUCGGUGUACAGUCGCUCCGAGAUGCAGAGCAUUGGAAAGUUCGCCUUAAACAUUUGCAACUUGCCCAAGGAAUCCCUCGCACAGUAUACCACAAAGCUGUACCAAGUGCUGGAGCUGCUUUUGCCGGCCAGCCACUACCUGCCCAUGACACUGGAGACAAUGAACACGGCCGCCUUUGCCCCGAAAAAGGAUUACGAGACCAACAAGCUGGUCUCUGGCAUGCUGCAGCUGGCACCGCACACGCAUCUGGUGCUGGACGAGACGUGCAUGCAGCAGGGCAAACUGGAAGCGAAUGGCGUCCAUGCCGUCCAGCACUUGGCGCAUCUGAUCAACAGCCAGGAGCUAAAGUGCGAUUUCCAGUACUAUCAGAUCGACUAUCAUGUGAACAUUCCGGUGCUUGUCCUGAGCGAAGGACGCAGCAUGCUACCGAGCGACUUUGUGCUGCCGAUUAACGCCGAUGCCAAGGCCGUGGAACUGCUGGAUGAAUCUCUGAAGGCGGCCCAUCACUACCUGCAGCCAGCACGCCUGCAGCAGUUUCGCAAGUUUUUGACCCGGGCACGCAUCAGUCCGUUUAACGUCAGCGAGGAGCACACGGAGAUGAUACAACAGGAUUUUGUGGAUAUGCGCAAGGCGAAUGCCAAGAGCAAUGCGGAUGAUCUGCACGGCCUGCUGGUGCUCUCACGCCUUCUGGGCAUUGUCCGUGGGAAGGAUGCACUGGACAAGGAAACCUGGCAGCUGGCGACCGAGUUCGAGGCCAAGCGACGCCAGCGGAUACAGGCAUUGCCCAAGUCGGCUGCCCAGCUGCGUAAUUAAUUUGGUUUUUGCAUCGCAUUUAUUCAUUUUCUCAAUUGUCUUAUUAAAAUAGUUAUUAAUUGAUUAA